AUGUUUGGUUACUUGCUGUACAAAGCUGUCUGCAACUUUGCAGGUUUUUUAUACCCCGCAUAUGCUUCCUUUAAAGCCAUUAAAGUGAAUGAUACAAAAAGCAUAACGCCAUGGCUAAUGUAUUGGACUGUUAUGGCCUUGUUCUCGAUCGGAGAAGGAAUAGUGGAUAAAGUUGCAUUCUGGCUACCCUUUUAUUACGAGUUUAAAAUGCUUUUCAUACUAUGGUUGAUUAUGCCACAAACUCAGGCAAGAAAUUUGAUCAUGUUUUAUGAGAAUGGAGCUACCCGUCUUUAUCGCUCUUUGGUUGAUCCCACCUUAACUCGUCACGAACAAGAUAUAGAUAUGGCCUUAGGAAAUGCACAGGAGCGAGCAACAAACAAAGGCGCUGAGUGGGGUCGGAAAGGGCUUGCUACAUUACAACGAGCGGCUGUUGAUGGACUUAUGAAAGGACAAAACAUACUAAGUGAUCAGAUGGGUUUAACUUCAUCAGAAUCUUCGGGAUCCGCGUCAAACACGCAAGAACGAGUUCCGUCAAAUACCACCUCUGAUAGUUCAAGCGAUAAUCAGCCUCAGGAACAAUCAUUACUAUACAAUACGCUUUCAUACGCGUUGUCGAGAAUUAUACCGUCUUCCAUAGGAUCAACUCAUCCAGAAGGGUCACCUCAAGAAGAACAUCAAAGAGAUAUUCAAGAAAGGUCUGGAAGGUCGGAUGCAUCAUCAAGUAACACUAGGAGAAGGUCAAAAAAAGCUAGCACUAAUAAUAAUUCACGUAGAAGCGUGACAUUUUACCAAGAAGAGGAUAUUAAUGGAAGAGUAAACGACCUAUCAAACAACGCAGAUAACUUGACUGAUGAAGAAUUUAGAAGGCGUCAAACUCAGGCACUAGGCUUAACAAGUUACUUAACCGGAUAUAUCUCCAAAGCUGCUGCUUUAUGA